GGGGACUUUUAAUGGCCAUGUGGGCAUAAACAGUUUCUUAUCGGGAUAUAGUAGACUAACAUAGGCCUAAGCUUUAUAAGAUGAGUUGGACAAAUACAUCCACAUCUCGCCAGCAAUUUAAGGUAUUCAGAAUGUUAUGUGCGGUUUUAGCGACGUUAAUCUUAUUUUCGGUCGAAUGUUCAGCAUUCGUUAUUAAGCAAAAGGAAACGAGUGCAACUAGUAAAGCCAUUAACAUUGAACGCAACGAAGUGACAACCGAGCGACACACAGACACAAUUGCAACAAAACCAGCAGUGGAUGUGCUAGGCCUUCUUUCUCUGACAACAGGGCUACGAACGUCUGAAAAGAGAGACGCUUCCAACGAAGACGCAACAUUGUUAUCACUGGAAAGAAGCGUUCAGACAUCGACUGGAGCCGAUGGAAUUGGCACCACAGUGACUGCAGAGGAAGAUCAAGCGACUGAAUGCAAACAGCUGCCAGACGAUCAACUUUUAUUUCGCUUGAGUCGCGAGACUUCGAGUGGCAGUCAACAGGCUAGCAGUGGGUACAAUUACACAUACACAUACCCGGUCAAUCAGACAUGCCCUCAGACAGUAUUGGAUAAUUUUAAUACUCAAAAAUUGUUAAGGUUUCGCUCUACGUGUCCUUUCGACGAGAAGACGCAUGUAGAUUACAUGAGAUAUCCAAGAACAUUGAAAUACUAUCAAUGCAACUGCCGUACUGGCAUAACUAUGAAUGGAAACACUGCGACCUUUUCUAGUGACUAUGUUUGCGAUCACGUGGUCUACGACGUACCUGUACUUCGCAUAGGGGGUUGUGUAGACGGUGUUUAUGAGUACUAUUACGAUGUAGAAACCCUACCAUUAGCCUGCGUCACUAGAAUAUUGCCAAGAUAUAACGCAUAAUUCACACAGCAUGAGAAACGGCAGCCGUUCAACUAACCGAUUCGCAUGUAUUUUAACGAAUUGUUACUGGGUAUUUUUCUACCUUUUGUUAGAUAGUGAGUGUAACCAAAGAGUACAGUUUCAUAUAUAUUUAUAUUUUUUGUUAUAGUUCUAUCUAUACUCUUUGUUGAAACGUGCAAUCCAGUCUAUUUAACACCAUAGCCUUUAUAUACUUACAGGUAUGCCAAGUACUUGUGGUAUAAUAGAUUUAUAUUAUAAAUAGGCCUAUAAAUUAUUUAUCUUUUAUACAGAUGUUGUUAUAUUUUAUUAUAAGAGAUGGUAUAGAAAGGAAAUACCGGUAUGUAAGUUAUCCUAGACAUUAUAUUUAUUUAUAUAUGUAUUUAUUUAUUUAUUUAUUUAUUAAAACUUAAACUUGAAUGAUUAUAUUUAUAUACAUAUUUCUAUAUUAUAAAAUAUCGUUAUUAUGUAUGUAAAAUAUAAAUUCGGAAUAGAGCUGUAGGGAGGUUGAGAUGAUAAAUUUCAAAUACAAAGUCCUGAUGAUGAUCAAUCCAUGGGAAAAUUUGUCCGAAUUAUUCUCAUAAUCCAUUAAUCCACCUUAAAGAGGAGGGAGGGGUUUCAAACUCCACGCUUUGCAUUUCGCCUGCGUCCUUGUAAUGGCAGUGCACUUCCUAUACGUGUGUACUCUCACGAGGACGAUAUAUACGCCAGUGGAUAAGUUUGUACUUUUCUCCUGUUUGUCAAUAUGGAAUCAAUGACGAGGCGUAAUAAUUGUGG